AGAGAGAGCGGCUGAGAGUGUCUGUACCAUGCAGAGAUUCGGAACUUAUAAACUUCAUGAAAAGCCACCAAACAAAGGACGUUAGGACUGAAAUAGUGAGGAGUGUGCUGCAAUCAUGCAGAACCACGUGACUUCACUGCUUGUGGUUCUGCUGCUCCUGUGCAGCUGCACUGGGAUCCAAAGCCUCGACACUGCGCCCGUCCCUCUGUUUACCCAGUCUGUUUACAAUGCUACCAUUUAUGAGAACUCUGCUGCUAAGACCUAUGUGGAAAGUCUUGUCAAAAUGGGAAUCUACAUCACAGAUCCUAUCUGGGAAAUACGGUACAAAAUCGUGUCGGGAGACAAUGAGAACCUGUUCAAAGCUGAGGACUAUCAAUUGGGAGACUUUAGUUUUUUGCGAAUAAGGACCAAAGGAGGUAGCAGUGCCAUUCUUAACCGGGAGGUUAGAGACCACUAUAUUCUCACAGUCAAAGCCAUGGAAAAGAAUUCAAAUGCUGAGGCUCGAACACGAGUCAUGAUUCAGGUACUGGACACAAAUGAUCUUCGGCCAUUGUUCUCCCCAACCGCUUAUAGCAUAUCUUUACCAGAAAACACAGCUAUUCGCACAAGUGUAGCCAAGGUGAUGGCGACGGAUGCGGAUAUCGGUACAAACGGAGAGUACUACUACAGCUUGAGAGAAUGGACGGACAUGUUUUCGGUCCACCCCACAAGUGGUGUAGUUAUGCUAACCGGAAAGCUGGACUACUCUGAGACAAAGCAGUAUGAAUUAGAGAUUUUAGCAGUGGACCGAGGCAUGAAACUGUAUGGUAGCAGUGGAUUUAGCAGCAUGGCUAAGUUAACGGUACGAGUGGAGCAGGCCAACGAGCAUGCACCGGUCAUCACUGCUGUAACCCUAGCACCUUCAGACACUGACAAGGACCCUACUUAUGCUGUCGUGACUGUUGAAGACAGUGACCAAGGUGCUAAUGGUGAGAUAGCAUCUCUCAGUGUGGUUGCAGGUGACCCUCUUCAGCAGUUUAAAGCCAUGCGCACAAGUCCAGGCAGUAAGGAAUAUAAAAUCAAAGCAGUCAAGCAGGUCGACUGGGAUAGUCAGCCCUUUGGAUACAACCUAACACUGCAAGCCAAAGACAAAGGAAGUCCACCCCAGUUUUCAUCCGCAAAGGUCAUCCAUGUCAUGUCUCCCCACUUUAAAGUAGGGCCUCCUAAGUUCAGUCAAGCUACUUACAGAGUCAAUGUGAGUGAAUUUGCACCACUGAACACACCUGUUGUAAUGGUAACAGCUGUGCCAAAGUAUCCUCAACUUAAGUAUGCAUUUAGACACAAAUUGGAUAAAAAUAAUUUUGCUAUUAAUGCAGAUUCAGGCUUGAUUACAACAGCUGGGCCCCUUCAUGCAGACUCCAUGAACAGAUAUGAAUUAGAAGUUAUGACCAGCGACAAAAAAGCAUCUGCAAAAGUAAUUAUCAAUGUGAUCGACGUGAACAACAACGGCCCAGAAUUCAAACAGACAUCUUACAAAGCUAGCAUUGAUGAAAAUAUGCCCAUAGGUACUAGUGUACUAACAGUGAAAGCCACUGAUUUAGACAGUGGGGAAAAUGGAUAUGUCACUUACAGCAUUGCCAAUGUGAAUCCCCAGCCGUUUGUUAUUGAUUACUUCUCUGGCGUCAUCAGUAGUUCAGAGAUUUUGGAUUAUGAACUGAUGCCAAGGAUUUAUACCUUGAAAGUGCGGGUGUCAGACUGGGGUUCCCCUUUUCGACGUGAGGUGGAAACUCAGGUUACAGUCACACUUAACAACUUGAACGACAACAAGCCACUUUUUGAGAAUGUGGAUUGUGACAUAACUGUGCCAAGAGACCAUGGUGUUAGUGAGCAAAUCACAACCGUGUCUGCUAUCGAUGCUGAUGAGUUGCAGUUGGUGAGGUACAGAAUAAAAGCUGGGAAUGACUUGAAUCUGUUUGAAAUAAAUUCAAACUCAGGCAUUCUGUCCUUAAAGCAGCCUUUGAGUGAGGGUGAGGCAGCAAAAGUGUCCUAUCACAGUUUGCAGAUCAUAGCCAGUGAUGGAGAACAUGAAACUCAGCCCAUGUUUUUGAACAUUACAGUCGUUACGGCACGUAAACCAGUCCAAGUGAAAUGUGUUGAUACUGGAGUUGCCAGCAUGCUGGCAGAAAAGCUUCUGCAAGGAAGCAAGAUCCACAGCCAAAACGAACCCGAAGACCACUUCCAAGACUUUCACUCUGUGAACCGCAUUGCACCCCAGUUUGUAGAAACUUUUCCCAGUGUGAUUGAGGUCAAGGAAGACUUGCCUGUUGGGGCCAGGAUUGUCCAUCUUAGUGCCAUGGAUUCUGACAGCGGUUUUAAUGGAAAACUGGUUUAUGUUAUCUCUGGGGGUGACGCUGAAAGUUGUUUCGUCAUUGAAAUGGACAGCGGAUGGCUCAAAGUGUACGCACCUCUUGAUAGAGAAACAACUGAUCACUAUACAUUGAACAUUACCGUGUAUGACCUUGGAAUACCCCAGAAGUCAUCUUCACGUCUGCUGGAUGUAAAGAUCCUGGAUGCUAAUGACAACAGCCCACAGUUUUUACAGGACGCAUACUCGGUGGACAUCAGCGAGGGCACUGCGGUGGGCACAGAGAUAAUUCAAGUUGAAGCAAAAGAUAAAGAUCUUGGUGAUAAUGGUGUGGUCAGAUACUCCAUAUUGGCAGACACAGAUCAAUUUGCUAUUGAUAUGGAAACAGGGAUCGUUACGGUGAAGAAGCCUCUAGACCGGGAAGUGCAACCCAGUUUUAUUCUCAAGAUAGCAGCUCGCGACCAGGCCGCUGGUGAACCUCGACUUGUCUCGACUGUGUUGCUUAAAAUCACACUGGAGGAUGUAAACGACAACCCUCCGAAGUUUAUUCCUCCAAAUUAUCAGGUGAGAGUUCGUGAGGAUCUACCCAUUGGUACUGUUAUAAUGUGGCUAGAAGCUCACGACCCAGAUGUUGGGCCAUCUAGCCAGGUACGAUACAGCCUCGCUGACAAUGGGGAUGGGAAAUUUGAAGUAGACAAAUUGAGUGGCGCCGUACGAAUCGUGCAGAAUCUGGAUUACGAGAAAAAGCAAGUGUACAGUCUCACAGCAAGGGCAAAGGACAAAGGGAAGCCGAUAUCUUUGUCCUCAAGUUGUCACAUUGAGGUGGAAGUUGUGGACGUAAACGAGAAUCUCUACAGGCCAUUGUUCCCAUCAUUUGUGGAUAAGGGAUUUAUCAAAGAGGAUGUGCCCAUUGGAACAUCAGUGAUGAAAAUCACAGCUCAGGAUGAGGAUAAAGGAAAAGAC